GGGGGGAUUAGACAAAUGCUGAAUUAGAGACGGUAAGUGAGUGGGUCCAAUAUCAUUGCUCUUAAAAAGUGGGUGGGUCUUGUCCCACCCACAUACAAUGGUUCCGACGCCCAUGUGUCUUGCAAUAGUGUCGAGUAACCCCAGGGUGCAGCCUGGACGAUGGGGCGGGGCGACACUUCGAGGCGGAGCGACACGUGUCACCCUGCCCAUAUUUGGUUCCCCCGCCUUUGGCAUUUUGCUCCAACCCAGCAGGGGGCAGUUUGCGUUGAAACAAACAGAACGGUGGCAGCUGCAGCAACAGAGUAAUAAUAACCACGUUGAUUGCAUGAGAAAAUGUGAGAUUCUAUCUUUUCCAACAAACAUGGAGCACCACACCGUCGUAACCAGAGCAGAACAUGAGAUUUAUAUGAAGUCUACUCUUAAACUGUGCCCAUUUUGUGACUUUACGAACUCAAUUUCGCACAUGGUACAUAUCCAUGUUCGUAGACAUUUUGAAGCCGCGGUAAAAUACAAAGAUUUCCUCAUUGUCAAAUGCAGCGGCCAGUGCCGAGAAAGGCCGCAUUUUCACUGCUGCUUUUGUGAGAAGACUGUUAUUAAUAGGUCACAGUUAUUGACUCACAUAUUAACCCACCCUGAGCCUCGUGAUGUCGGUGAACCGGGAGUUACUUCAGUCACUACAUCCGACAGACAUAUUGAGAAUGUCAUGAACAAAGAUACCACAGUGGGUCUGAGUGAACAGCUGGAGUACAGUAUCUGCAACUCUGGAGCAAAGAGGUUUGGAGCUGAAUCUUGCAUUCGAGAGAGCCCUGCAUUGAAAGUUGAGAGGAUUUGUGACACAGCAAAAAGACAAGAUCCCACAUUGACAUCUUCAGCUUCUUCAAACAGAGGGUCUCUUCCAAACAUCGAGACUGGAAACCUCAUGGAUGAUAUGAACAAGCCAGCAGUUACAGCUGAAUCAGACCUUCAGUGUGGAAAUGUCAAGAGUUCUACAGUAAAAGAAAAAAAAGGUCUGUGGACUUCUGAUGUGAAGCCUAAAACAGUUGUGUGUGUGCACUGCAAUUUGACAUUAUUAAAACACAACUUGAGAAAGCACAUCCAGAGACGACACACUGAAUGCAGGGAGACUGUAUCAUCCACAAGGUAUUUAAGAUGCCAGUGUGUUGAUGGCAAAAAUGGAAUAUUUGCCGUUGAAAAGUCUUUCCAUGGUGUAUCUACUCCAAUCCAUGUCCUGAAAAAUACUUGGGGACAAUUACAAAGGUCUGAGUGUGAAUUGGAUGAGUGCUGCAUUACCAGAGACUUUGCCCACAGAAGUGGCAUUAAGCCAUUUGAGUGUGACCACUUGCAGUCUUUAUCCUACUGUCCACGUGUUGGUCAAAUACAGACUGAUCUUGCAGAAGAAACAUUGUGUAUGAUGGUUGACCAGAAGUGGUUUGGAGAAGCAAGGAAGCACCAGUUAAUUAAUCUGAAGAAGCAAUCCAAGUCUGAGGGAGUUCCAUUGUCAGUGUCUGUACAAAUAGGAGACCAACUUAACAAAUUGUACGUGUCUGUGUUUGAAAAAAAACGCUCGUAUUACAGCAGACUUGGCCGAGUAAUGGUCUCCUAUGAUGUUAAGAAAAACUCCUGGUACUGCCCUUGCUCAAUGCCAAGGAAAUCUUGUAUUCACAAGGCUGUUUCAAAGUGGCAUCUCUUUCACCAUCACAAAGAGUUGUUCAAGAAGGUGAAAAGUGUGGAGGAAGUUCCUCCUGAAUCACCUGAAGGAAAAAAAGAUGACGAUAGCUAUCCACCAUCUGACUCAAACAUCAAAGAAAUGAUCCACUACAUGAUGGCACACAAAAAACUACCUGGUGAGCUUCCCAAGAACUUACUAGAUCAUUCCAGAGAUGUAAAGUCCAACCAGUCCUUUCCAAGACAUCUACUGCCCACAGAAUUGAAAUGUACGAAGUGCAGAACCCAAAGCUUAUGUGAUCCAAGACUUAUCACAAAAGAUGCCAAAAUACUGACGUUUUCUGGAGUAAUCCAAGGAAUAUGUACUUACUACAGACAGUGCCCAAACUGUGGAAUGACAUAUAGGUACCAAGAGUGGUCAGAUGGGAUACAUAAUUUCAAUGAUCACAUUCUUUUAUCAUUGCACUUGUGCAUGCUCCUAAGAAACUCAAUUCAGAUAUGUCAUAAUCCAAAUUUUACUGCUGUAAGUAGGGUAAUGGAAAUAUUACAUGCAACUGAAGGUGGGCCUUUCCCUAAACAUGAACUUGUCCUACAAGCUUAUUUGCACUUUGAGGCCAUGACAGAACUAGACUACAGUUACAAUUGUGUUACCUGUGGGCACUACCCUAGUGUAGUCAUAAUGGAUCUGCACAAGAAGGGAGCCUUUGGCAUGCCUGUAAGUGAAAUUGAUCCCCCUCCGCCAAAUUAUGAUGGCCACGUGGAUAGUGAGAAGUUUUGGGAGGCAGUAACAGUAGAGAUGAUAAGCCGAGGUUUUUAUACAAGUGGGAUAAAUAAUCCCUUUGUUGUGCAGCCAAGCUACAGCUUUUGGGCACCAUGGAUUGGUAUUCAUACUAGGUCAUCCAACAUGGUUCUCAAUACAGAGUAUGCUAAGCUUCAUGUUUCACAAGACUCAACUGAGGAUGACAUACCACUUACAGAAGAACGGCUUGCUGAUGAGCUGCUAAAUCUCCGGACUGAGGAAAUAAGGGCCCUUUGUAAGGGCUGUGGAAUAGAUCACAAAGGAUCUAAGAUGGAUUUAAUCAUUCGACUAAAAGAAAGAAUGUCAAAUCGAGUCACCUACAACAAGGUUUUUGAAAAAGUGUGGGGUGCAUCUGGUGGCUGGGCUGUUAUAACCUGCCCAUGUGGAGUUGUGUACUCUGUGAAAUUUAACAUCAGAGCAGAGAGCCCUCGCGAUUACGCUGACCUCCUGCUUUCAUGGAAACAUGUACCAAAUGUUACUGUGUACGACUACCCAAGGGGUCUAGCCUCACAUGCAAACCAUCGUUCAAAGAAAUUCUUUCAUCCUUUUGAAGGUCGAUUACUGCAUCCAUCUGAAGAGAAUAUCAAGAAGGCAUCUGAAAAUGACUUGGAAGUCAGUUUGCCAUGGCUUAACCACCGAAAAGAACCAGCUGAUCAAGAUGGUCACCCUGUAACUGGUUCAUGUGACCAUUAUGUUUUAUGUGAUGUGUUCCAUCAGAACAAUAGUAAGGAUCUUAGGGAUUCCUUGAGGAAGAUUGGCCUUGUCCCAGAGCUUGCAGGAAAAAUAAACAGUCAGACAGCUGAGCAACUCUUUUCAGAUAUGAAGAAAAAGAACUACUUCCUAAACAUGAUGAAACCAUCAUCCCAUGUUUUCCUUGCAAGAAAUAUUUUGCACCACAAAAAUGUUGCACGGAACAAUAAGGUUGUGAAGCAGUUAAGAAAACUUGCUGACGAGAACACCGAAUUACAGUUUGAUUGCAAUGGAAAGAUAAUUUUGGGUGCAAACAUGGCAGAGAGUCCUCAAUCCUCCAAAACUAUUGAUACUGCUGGAGUAUUCAAUCAGAUUUCAGCUGCUGUCAAGCCACCGUGUGAAGAGCACACAUGUCACAGUGUGACUACAAGCCACAAGCCCUUCUGGGUAGUGGAGGACAUGCUUCCAAAUAAAGCGGUGUGGGGCAAACCAUUACCAGAACAUCUUCAGAAAAUGGUUGCGCAUGUGUUGGACCCCAACGGUGGCCUGGAGGAACAAAUUGUUUCUGUGGGAUCAACUGUGUUGUUGCGUUCUGAUUUGUUGUCUUUAGGAUUGUCAGAAGAAGUUGAAGCAACGAUUUUGAACUGUUGCCUAAGAAUCAUAGAGCACAUUGCUUUCCGCAUGGAUGUCAAUGUGUAUGUUGCUAAUUCCUAUGUGGUAGUGACCUGGCUUCCACCACUUUCUUGUUUCCCUGAGUUGUCCCUUCCGCCUAAUGUCAGCCAGACAGACCUUGUGGUUCUGCCAGCUUGGGUACCUGGCCACUGGCUACUGUGUGGAAUCCCGAAGCAGAUGGGCGGGAACAACUGUGGGAUUUACAUACUGAUGUACACACUGUACAUGGCUUUGGGUCUUAGAUUUGAUUUUACAGAGGAUGACAUGCCUGUGAUCAGGAGGUGGUGGUGUGCUGUUCUCCUGGACAACUUCACUCCACAAAUUGCUCAACCACUGAGGGGCGGAGCUUCACCAUUCAAAAGGCAAUGUCUUCAGGCAGAGUCCAGUGAAGCAGAGUAUGCAGUUGUGACAACAAUCUAUCAGGUGACUCUGCAUAGUUCACACUUUCUUUGGUAUGCAGACGCUUUAGGGAUGUCGUCACUCAGGAAGGUUUUCGGAAAGCAGCACACUUUGCCUGGCUAGACAGUGUGGCCAACUGGAAGAAUUUCUCUCCCGUCUACCGGAAAGAAUUCCGACAGAUGUACAGCAUCAGGGAAUGCUUGGAGUGUAGGGCUCUUUUCAAGUCAUACCCGCCAGGGUAUAGGGGAAGAGGCCGACGUGGUGAACUUCAGGGCUUUUUCUCGGAUGUGUGCACAGGAUAUUGCUCCCAGGACUGUUUUUUUGCAGCUGGAAACACAUUGGUGUAAGUUCAUUGAAGGGAAAGAGAAUGAACUGAGAUCAACUGGUUUAUUAAUUGAUGUCAUUUAAAGUUAAACUUUGCAGUGUUUUGUGUUCUAAUAAAAAAAGCUAUGGCAAACA